GGAGUUGUACGUGUCUUAUUAGACUCGGGUGCUGAUGUUGAAGAUCACAAUGAAGACGGUAAUACUCCUUUAAUGGAAGCAGCAAGCGCCGGGCAUGUAAAUAUUGUAUCUCUGCUGAUUCCUCACGGAGCUGAUGUUAAUACUCAGUCUACGUCAAACAACACAGCUCUCAUGUAUGGAUGCGUUAAUGGACACGAAGAAGUUGUACAUAUUUUAUUAGAUUGGGGAGCUGAUGUUGAGGAUUACAAUGAAAACGGUCGUACACCUUUAAUGGAAGCAGCAAGUACCGGGCGUGUAAAUAUCGUGUCGUUGCUGAUAGCUCACGGAGCUGAUGUUAAUGCUCAAUCUACAUCAGGUGACACACCUCUCAUCUACGGAUGUGCCAGUGGACAUGAAGAGGUUGUACGUGUCUUAAUAGACUUUGGAGCUAAUAUCGAGUUUUACAAUGAGAUCGGUUGUACACCUCUGUUAAAAGCAGCAAGCGUCGGGAAUGUAGACGUCGUGUCUUUGUUAAUUGCCCAUGGAGCCGAUGUUAAUGCUCGAUCUGCAUCGUGUAACACACCUCUCAUAUACGGAUGCGCUGGUGGACAUGAAGAAGUGGUACGCGUCUUACUAGACUCGGGCGCCAACGUUGAGGAUCAGAAUGAGAACGGCCAUACACCUCUGAUGGAAGCAGCAAGCGCUGGGCAUAUUCAUAUCGCCAAGAUCCUGCUUCAACACAAGAACGGCAUCAAUACACGGUCUAAUACGUUUGAAAAGACACCAUUGACGUUGGCCUGUUUUAACGGACAUUUAGAAAUGGUCCGUUUAUUACUAGAAACUGGCACGGAUCAAGAGCAUAAAUCCCACGAGAUGCAUAUUGCUCUUAACGAGGCAUCUAUAAACGGUCAUGUGAAAGUGGCUCGUCUACUUUUAGAUUCAGGCGCCCAAAUAACUAAUAGUUCCGAGACGCCAUUAACGUUCGCUGCUAGCAAAAACCUUGUGGAAUUGGCUCACUCCUUGAUUGAGCGUGGAACAAAUAUCGAGGAAGUUAAUGACGACGGUUAUACGCCAUUGAUGCAAGCAGCUCUCGAGAAUAACGAAGAAAUGGUCGCCUUACUUUUGAAUGAAGGUGUAGACAUCAACGCUCAAAAUAAAGAAACUAAAGAAACGGCGCUUGUCCUGGCUUGUGAAAAUGGUUAUCUGCGAAUAGCCGAUCUUUUAAUCAAGGCGGGAGCGGAUAUUGAACUUGGUGCAGACACCCCUCUGAUGGAAGCUGCGGCGGGAGGAUACUUAGAUCUUGUUCAAUAUUUACUGGAAUCUGGAGCGGAUAUUCAUGCUCACAAUCAGAUGCUAGGAGAGGAGAGCCAGGAAUCUUACACGGCAUUCACAAUCGCGUGCAAAAAUGGUCAUCUUGCAGUUGCUGGUCUUUUAUUGCAAUUUGGCGCCGAUCUAAGGCAUCUUUUUUCAAAUUAUGUUCACUGA